AUGGAAAGUGAUAAUCACUCUAGUCAUACCGUAUAUAUAUACCCUGAAGAAUAUGAGUAUAAUAACAAAACAUUAGUUGAUCAUGACCAUCCUUUGAUUCAUACUCCUAUAGAUGCUGUUGAGCAUUACACCGAAGAUGAUCCUUCAUAUCCAUUCCUUGGUGAAAGAAGUUAUUUACCAAAUGGAGAACGUGGAGAGUAUGAAUGGAAAUCAUAUGGUGAAGUACUUGAUACUGCUAAGGCUUUGGCUCGUGGGUUACUUGACUUAGGUCUGAAAAAAGGAGAUGUAAUUGGAUUCUUUUCCAAAAGAAGAUUAGAGUGGCAUUACCUUUUCUUAGCUUGUGGGUAUACUGGAAUUGUCUUAGUUACAUUGUAUGAAUCAUUGUCAGUUGAUUCUUUAAAAAUUAUUGACACCAAUGCUGAAUUCAAAAGAAUGUUUGUUUCAGAUGAAAAGUUAAAAGUUAUUACUCAAGCAACUAAGGCACCGAUUACUUUAAUUGAAGACCUUCAUCCAAGCGGAGAAAAAACUGUUGCUGAAGAAAUGAACUAUAAAAGUACUGAACUUGGAUUUUAUGAGUUAAUAGAAAAAGGAAAGAAACUAGAUACUCAACUUCAUAAAGUAGUUCCAGACGAUCGUGCUUUAUUAAUGUAUACUAGUGGAACAACUGGAACACCUAAAGGGGUUGCGUUAACAUAUCGUAAUUUAUCAGCAUCUUCUUCUUCUUUGUGGAUGAGAGUACCACUAUAUCUUCUUCAAGACUAUCCAAGACAAUCACGUAAAUUAUCUUCAUUAUCAUUCCUUCCACUUGGACACGUUUUUGCUAUUGUAAUGGAAUUUAUUAUGUAUAGAGUAGGAGGGAGUAUUGGAUUUAUGUCAUCAACACAUUUAAAAGUAGUUGAAGAUAUAGGUGUUUUAAAGCCCGUUGUUUUUGCUGCAGUACCUCGUGUGUUACAAUUAAUUUAUGGUGGUGUUUAUAACAUCUUAGCUACUAAACCAAAAACAGUUCAAAUGGCAUUUGCUACAGCUAUGAAAAUAAAAGAACAAGUACUAAAGAUAAAUCCAACUGCUAUUAUUCCAGCCUUUGAUCAAAUUUUCUUUAAACAAGUAACUGAGAAGUUUGGAGGUAAUUUGAGAGUUAUCAUCUGUGCAGGUGCACCAUUAUCAUUGGACAUUGCUAAAUUUUUUAGAAUUGUUAUUUCUGAUGGGUUCUUUAUUGGAUAUGGUAUGACUGAAACUACUGGAAUGGGAACUUCUACUGUAUUUCCUGAUGGAAUUGAUCUUGAUCAUGUUGGACAACCAUACGUUAGUUCUAUGAUCAAAGUAAAGUGUGUUCCUGAGAUGGGGUAUUGUACACAUAAUGCUAUCCCAAGUGGUGAGGUGUUUAUUAAAACAACUGCACAAUUUACUGGGUAUAAUAAAGAUGACUCAAAAGUUAUUGAUGAAGAAGGGUUUGUUACAACCAAUGAUAUUGUUUCUAUAAGACCAGAUAAAAAAAUCAAAAUAGUUGCAAGAAAAAACAAUGUUUUCAAGUUAUCACAAGGAGAAUAUAUUUCAGCUGAAAAGGUAGAAUCAAUGAUGACCCAAUGUAAGUACGUUCAAGAUAUUUUUGUAUAUGGCAAUUCACUAAAAAAUUAUUUAAUUGCUGUUGUUGUACCAAACUUUCAAUCUAUUAAAAUUUGGGCCGAUACUAAUGGUAAAGAACUUCCUGAUAAAAAAGAAAUCUGUCAUUCACAAGAAAUCAAAGAUAUGAUUAUUAAAGACAUGAGUAUUGUUGCUGAUCAGACUGGACUUAAAGGAUUUGAGAAAGUAAAAAAGUUAGUUCUUCAUGACCUUCCAUUUGAUACUGCACGUGAUUUUAUUACACCUUCAAUGAAGCUAAAGAGAAAGAAUUUGUAUAACUUCUUUAAAGAUGAGAUUGAAGCACUACUUCAAGACUAA